GUUUUGCAGUCCACUCUUUGCACUCGGCGCUAAAUUUCACACGGAGCAGAGGGGAUAAAAGAGUGGAACAAAACCAGCCGGUGGGUUUGUAGAGAGGGAGCUGUGUGCACAGAGCAAUAUAUUACUGGGGGGGGGAAAGUGCCAGGUUGUGUGAGGUCACUGCAGAGAAGCUGUAGAUCAGGGUCUCCUUCCUUGGUCUGUUCAAUCAGAGCAUAUAUUGGAAGUCUAGAAAAGGUUCAUAUAUGGACGGAGAGGGUGAAAAACGACAACUUCUUCGGGAAGAGAAACGCUCUUACGCUGGAAUCCAUAAUACAGAAUUUCAUGGACCUGUGUUCACGUAUGUGACAGAUCCAAACAGCAUAGAGCUUGGGCAAAAUGAAAACAAGCACUGCCAUUCUGUGGGGUCAGUGGAGGACUGGCGGAACAAAGACAAGCAAAAUGCACGCAGAAAACUGUACGUGGCGUCUGUGGUCUGUCUUCUGUUCAUGAUUGGAGAGAUAAUAGGAGGCUACCUGGCUCACAGUUUGGCUAUCAUGACCGAUGCUGCUCACCUCCUAACAGACUUUGCCAGCAUGAUGAUUAGCUUAUUUGCACUCUGGGUGGCUUCACGUCCAGCAACAAAAACAAUGAACUAUGGCUGGCACCGAGCAGAAAUUUUGGGAGCCCUUCUAUCUGUAUUAUCCAUCUGGGUAGUGACCGGGGUCUUGGUAUACUUGGCUGUGGAACGUUUGAUUUCUGGAGAUUAUGAGAUUGAGCAGAAUGCCAUGCUAAUUACCUCAGCUUGUGCUGUGGCUGUUAAUAUUAUAAUGGGGGUGACACUGCACCAAACGGAACAUGGACACAGUCAUGGUAUUGAAAACGUUCACAGUCAUGAAGACCAACGUAAUCCAAAUGUCAGAGCUGCCUUCAUACAUGUCGUCGGGGAUUUGCUCCAGAGUCUUGGAGUGCUGAUUGCGGCAUUUAUCAUUUAUUUUAAGCCAGAGUAUAAAAUGAUUGAUCCGAUCUGCACAUUCCUAUUUUCUGUGUUGGUUUUGGUGACAACACUAACCAUUCUCAGGGAUGUCUUGCUUGUACUCAUGGAGGGGACCCCAAAAGGAGUGGACUUUAACCUGGUGAAAGACACUCUGCUUUCCAUACAUGGAGUAAAGGCUCUUCAUAGCCUCCAUAUCUGGGCUUUGACUGUCUCUCAGCCUGUGCUGUCUGUUCACAUAGCAAUCAAUGAGGGUUCAGAUGCACAGCUUGUGUUGAAGGAAGCCAGCUCUAGGUUACAAAAUAAGUUCCAUUUCCAUACAACCACCAUCCAGAUUGAAAAUUAUUCAGAUGAUAUGAAGGACUGUGAGAAGUGCCAGGACCCUAAUGACUAAACUGUUGUGCCAUAUACUGCUGGAACCACAAGAGACUUGGUUGGACAGUGUCACUUUCUGAACCUGGAAGUGAUAUUGCACCACUGUUCUUUGAGCCUUCUAACUACCUCAGCUCUGACACCUCUUGCUAGAGAGGACUUUGCCUGCUGGAGAACAAAAGCUGCCUGCUUGAGAUUCCAUAUUUUGUCAAGUUAUCAACUUUACUACGUUUUCCUUACAUUUAGAUGGGGAGGAGUGACUGCUGGCAGUGGGUGGUUUAUUGUUUGACCCCUCCCCCCCCCCCCACCCCCAUUAUAGACUUCUUGUCAUUAAAGUCUUCCUCAUAAUUACAGUAAAAAUAAAAUAUUUCAUUUAAGUUA